GGUAUGACCAGGUAUGACUGACAGGUUUCCUAACCUCAAGUCGUCAAUUUUAUAUCUACUCGAUAUCUCGGUUCGCGGGGCAGAGCGACACUUUUUUUUACCAGAUUUAUUCGUUUCGUGCCAAUAAUCUUCCAAUAUCUCGUCGAUAUCAUAGAGAUAGGGCAUACUCGUAUCGCUUUAUUUCGCCGGUGUGAUAGGUUUUCUAACCUAGUCAACAACUUUAACAAUUAAUAGUUUAUUUUGCGGAGAAGAGUAACACUUUUCCUGCCAGAUUCUUUUAUUCUGUACAAAAACGCAUUGAAUAAGCAUAAUUUUAUCAACAUUGAAAUACCGUUGUUAUGUAUUAAUCAAUUUGGAAGUGAUCAAUUUUAUGAAAGCUGGUAAUAUCUAUGGAUAAUAUACAAUUUAUAUAAAAGCAGAAAUCAAGAAUGGCACGAAAUGCAGAGAAAGCUAUGACAACGCUCGCUCGUUGGAGAGCAGCGCAAAACAAUGAAGGGACGAGGAAGGAACAAGAACGGAGACCGUAUUUAGCUUCGGAAUGUAGAGAUUUGCGCAAGGCAGAGAAAUGGAGGAUGCAAAUAAUUAGAGAAAUCGCGAAGAAAGUCGCUCAGAUUCAAAAUGCCGGCCUUGGAGAGUUCCGUAUCCGUGAUUUAAAUGAUGAGAUUAAUAAACUGCUUAGGGAGAAACGACAUUGGGAGGCACAGAUAAAAGAACUCGGCGGACCUGAUUAUUCCAGAGUCGGGCCUCGCAUGUUGGAUCACGAGGGACGCGAGGUUCCCGGUAAUCGAGGUUAUAAAUAUUUCGGCGCUGCUAAGGAACUACCGGGUGUUAGAGAAUUAUUCGAACAAGAACCACCACCGCCUCCUCGGAAAACACGUGCGGAACUGAUGAAGGACAUUGAUGCGGACUAUUACGGAUACAUGGACGACGACGAUGGCAUUCUGAUACCACUGGAACAAAAAGCCGAGCAGGAAGCAAGAAAUAAGUGUAUUGAGGAAUGGUUGUCUCGUGAGAAGGAACCGGAAGUCGAGAUCGAGACAACAGCACAAAAAUUGAUUCCCUCGCAGCAGGAUAUUCAAGAGGCCUUACUGGUUAGAAAAAAGAAAGAGCUGUUGGAAAAGUAUGGUUAAAAUAAACAUUGUGUCAAUAUUGCAAACUUGAAAUGUAUAAACUGAAUUAUCGAUUACGAUAUUAACUAUUGAUAAAUUUAUUAUUAGUUUAAUUAUAUAUUAGAAUACAUUUUUAUAAAACGCGAUGAAUGUAAUUUAUUAAUUCAUAAGCACGUAAUAACAUUGAUUAAGAUAAUUAGUUUGUGCAGUAGACAUUCAAACUUGAAUGCUUAUUAAGAGAAACGGGUGCCGUAGACGAAAAUAUAGAUAAAAAUCCAAGAGUAGUCUGUUUAUAAUCUUCGCGAUUUCCGAUACCUUUCCCGAUAUUUUGUCAUCUUACGCAACGAAGAAUAGGCAAAAUACUUAUUUCAACAAUAAAAUUGAGUAACAGAGUAGAUACGUUAUUGUUAUUCUGUAAGAAAGUCUAUAAUAGAUAUCGCAUGCUCUCAUUUUCGCUGGAAUAUUUCAAAGUAUCUUGUAUUCUUCAAUUUGACCUUGGCUCUUUAUUCUCUUCGAUAUGACAAGCAUCUAUGAAUGAAUAAUUCCUAUCUAAUCCUGCAGUAUGAUUAUCAAACUUUAAAAUAGUUAAAAAAAUAAA